AUGGCUGACUCCAACCCCGCCAACUUCGCUAACUUGGCUACUGAGAAAGUCAAGGAGAUCGCAUCGAUGGGCGGCAAGGCCUCGCAUGGCAGCCACAACAAGACCGAGAGCGACCACAGCAACCCAGACCGUAACCCAGACGGCACCUUCACCAAGGGCUCCGAAGCCGCAAAGCAGGCAGGACACCUCGGAGGCCUUCACGCUCACGGCGAGACUGACCCAAAGCUCGAGCAUCAGCCUGGUCGCAACCAUGACGGUACUUUCACAAAGGGCUCUCACGCCGCGAAGGAAGCUGGUCACCUCGGAGGCCUCCAUGCUCACGGCGAGACUGACCCCAAGCUCGAGCACCAGCCUGGUCGCAACCCGGAUGGCACUUUCACAAAGGGAUCAGAAGCUGCGAAGGAAGCUGGUCAUAUUGGUGGUCUUCACUCUCAUCACUUGACUGGCGUCAAUGAGAUGGAGGUUCAGAAUGAUGACGGCUCGGGACGUAAUGCUGAUGGCACUUUCAAGAAGGGCUCUGAGGCUGCCAAGGAGGCUGGUCAUGUUGGUGGCAUGCACUCCCACUGA